ACAGCAGCUCUAUUCUUUACAUCUCCAUCAGACGCUAUACAAAAAACUACGAUCUUUCGCACUUCCAAACAAAUAAAACCCAGUUUAGACGGCUAUCUAUCUCUUCAAGACACUCUCACAACCACAAAAGCCCACCAUUAUUUCCGGUCAGAUUCUCGCCGAAAACCCAUAAAUUGCAGUGCAUACUGAUGCUUCCAGUAUCUAAUCUCCAUCUCAGCCUCUCAUCGUCACCGGAGCACCAGAUAAAGAAGCCUAAAACCCCACCUGAUUCGUCUGGAAAGAGCUCAUUUAAUUCCCUCAAUUCUCUCCUCCAACCUUACCUUGCCCUUCACCACCCUCGCGCAUGGCUUCUCCUCGCCAUUCUCUUCCUUCAGAUCCUCCUCCUCCUCGCUAUUCGCUCUGUUCCGUUUUCACUCCCACACCGCCGACACCAUUUUCGCUCUCCCUACACCGCGGACCCCAUCCCUACAGCUGCGGUAACAAUGAGGAUUCCUACCACAGCCACCGAUUUUGACCAAUGCGGUUCCGGUAGAGUCUUCGUUUACGACCUUCCGAGAUCGUUCAACACCGAAUUGAUCGAGAAUUGCGAUAAACUUAGCCCUUGGGGUUCUCGAUGUGAGGCCUUGUCUAAUGACGGAUUUGGCCGCGAGGCUACCGGGAUUUCUAGUGUUGUCCCCGAGAAUUUGGCUCCUGCGUGGUUUUGGACUGACCAAUUUGUGACGGAGAUCAUUUUUCACAACCGGAUUAUGAACCACAGGUGCCGGACGACUGAGCCGGAGUCUGCCACCGCAUUUUACAUUCCGUUUUACGCUGGAAUCGCCGUGGAUAAGUACUUAUGGGCCAAUUCGACUGCCAAGGAGCGCGAUAACCACUGCGAGAUGAUGUUGAACUGGUUACAGGAUCAGCCGUACUACAAGCGAUCUAACGGCUGGGAUCACUUCAUGACGAUGGGACGCAUUACAUGGGAUUUCCGGCGGUCCAAAGAAGAAGAUUGGGGUUCUGGCUGCCUCUACAAGCCAGGUAUGAGGAACAUCACUCGCCUUCUAAUAGAGCGAAACCCCUGGGACUAUUUCGAUAUCGGUGUUCCCUAUCCCACGGGAUUCCACCCCAGAUCAGAAUCCGAUGUCCUGCAAUGGCAGAAAUUUGUCCGUACGCGCAACCGGAGCAAACUGUUCUGCUUCGCGGGAGCGCCGCGGGGCAAAAUCAAGAACGAUUUUAGGGGUUUAUUGCUGAGCCACUGCCAGAACGAGUCUGAUUCGUGCCGAGUUGUGAAUUGCUCCGGAACUCGGUGCUCAAACGGGACAUCGGCGAUUCUGGAGACAUUCUUGGACUCGGAUUUCUGCCUGCAACCGAGAGGAGAUAGUUUCACUCGCAGGUCGAUUUUCGAUUGCAUGGUGGCCGGUUCGAUUCCGGUUCUUUUCUGGAAGCGAACCGCUUACUUCCAGUAUCAGUGGUUUUUACCAGGCGAACCGGAGAGUUACUCUGUAUUCAUAGACCGUAAUGCGGUGAAGAAUGGAACCUCCAUAAGAGCAGUGCUUGAGAAGUACAGCAGAGAAGAGAUUAGGAGAAUGAGAGAGAAAGUGAUUGAAUACAUACCCAAGUUAGUGUAUGCGAAGCCUCAGGAGGGUUUAGAGGGUAUUAAGGAUGCCUUCGAUGUUGCCUUCGAUGGGGUACUGAAGAGGGUGAAGGAGCAAGAGGAUUGGGGGUUCAGUAAGUGGUAAUAUGAGAUAGAAUUCGAGGGUAGAUUGGGGAAGUAAUUUAUUGCCUUGGAUGAAUUGGGUUAAAACGCAAAGAUUUGGGCUAUACCCUAUAGGUUGGUAGUAUUUCUCCUCUAUUUUACAAAUUUCAUAUUUUACUUGAUGCCAUAAUACUAUACUAGAGAUUCUUUGGAGAUGGGAAAUGGGAUCAGCGUAUCUCAUUGUACAUUGUUGUAUUUGUAUACAGUUUGAGACAUUUUAAGUUAAUAAUAAGUCGUACUUGCAUGUAGAAAUCCACGAUUGUGUGAUGAGCAA